AAUCGUCCGUGCAUUACCUUUUACAUUAAGGGUUUAUCUUUAGAUUUAUGCACAGUUACUUUAUUGUGAAGAAAAAGAAUGUGCUUAGUCAUUCACCAAACUGGUUUAAAUUAACCUCUGGUCUCAGAGGGUGGAUCCUACAGGCUACCAGCGAUUGGCUGCGUGGUGGCAGGCGGCCCAUGCGAAGCCUGCAACAUCUGUAAACCCUUCCAGAUGCUGCUCACUCAAUCACUCAGAAAGAUUCAACUUGGAACCCUACGUCCUUGGAUAAAAUGUCUUUUAUAAAAGUAGAUGCAGCGUCUGAUUUUUCUUUCCACAACCUACCAUAUGGCGUAUUCUCCACUAUGGACAAUCCCAAACGGCGCAUUGGGGUUGCCAUUGGAGACCAGAUACUGGACCUGAGUGUGAUACUCUCACUAUUUCAAGGACCCGUGAUGUCCAAAAAUCAAGAUGUUUUUCAACAGCCUACAUUAAAUGCUUUCAUGGCUCUGGGAAAUGAAGCAUGGAAGGAGACAAGGCGUACUUUGCAAAUUUUGCUCUCGGCCAAUGAGAGCACUCUAAGAGAUGACUGCACUCUACGCAGUAGAGCUUUUGUCCUUCAGAGUGCAGCCAUAAUGCAUCUUCCUGCGGAUAUCGGUGAUUACACUGACUUCUACUCAUCGAGGGAUCAUGCAACUAAUGUUGGCACCAUGUUUCGUGGAAAGGAAAAUGCCCUAAUGCCAAACUGGUUGAGGCUUCCCGUUGGAUAUCAUGGUCGGGCUUCAUCAGUGGUUGUUUCGGGAACCCCCAUUCGUCGGCCCUCAGGGCAGAUGAGACCUGAUCAGACUAAACCUCCUGUUUUUGGCCCAUCACAGCAGUUGGACAUUGAGUUGGAGAUGGCGUUCUUUGUUGGAGGGGGUAAUUUGCUUGGAGAGCCAAUAUCCAUCAUGAAAGCCCAUGAACACAUCUUUGGAAUGGUACUCAUGAAUGACUGGAGCGCUCGGGACAUUCAAUCUUGGGAGUAUGUUCCUUUGGGUCCAUUCCUUGGCAAGAACUUCGGAACAACAAUCUCACCUUGGGUGGUGCCCAUGGAGGCCUUGUUACCAUUUGCAGAGCCCAAUCCCGUUCAGGAUCCACAGCCCCUCCCCUACCUCCGACAUGUGGAUCCCUACACUUUUGACAUUAAUCUAUUUGUAUCACUGAAAGGACGGCUUAUGAAAGAAUCUACAAUCAUCUGCAAAUCAAAUUUCAAAUACAUGUACUGGACAAUGAAACAGCAGCUUGCUCAUCACACAAUCAAUGGCUGCAACGUCAGACCUGGAGACCUGCUGGCAUCUGGUACUAUUAGUGGACCUGAUCCAGAGAGCUUUGGCUCCAUGUUGGAGCUAUCAUGGAGGGGAUCCAAGAGCAUUGAUCUUGGUGGAGGAGAAACCAGAACAUUCCUCCGGGAUGGCGAUGAAGUCACUAUUACAGGUCAUUGCGUAAGAGAUGGUUACAGAGUGGGUUUUGGGUCCUGCACUGGGGUCAUCCUCCCUGCCCUGCAACACUGAAACGUCUCUCCCAGAAUGUUUUAUGCAAGUGGGAAUAUGUUCCUUUGUGAAAAAUAAAAUAUACAGCGCAAGCACAUACCCACUCACUCACGACACUAAUUUACUCACUGCUCAAAUGAUGUGAUAUGAGCCACAGUCAAUUCUCCAUGUAUGUCAGAGCUACAUUGAGCAAUACUAACUGGAAUCCUCUGUAAUAUUUGUCCUACAGAGGAAUUGUUUCACAUCAGUGUCUAAAUGUUACUGCCCGACCAGAUUCAGUAUUAAAUUAACAUUUCCAUUUUGUUGUUCCUUGAAUUGUAAUACAAGCACACAUUAUUUA